AUGACAGAGGAAAUGAACAAUAACAACUGGACUUUGAGUAAUAAAGAGGAACCCGGUCGCAUUUCGUUCAUGAGCAACGAUACGACUCCUCACGCCACGCUCCUGUUGAAGCUACGCUUCAGUCGCCUGGAGGGUUCAGACUCUUCUACCACCACGACCGGUCUCACCACUCUACUCACUGAACGAAGCGAAUGCUAUAGCACUAGACAAGGGAGUCAACAAUCCGAAAAGAGCCAGGAUGUACAAGAUACCCCAUUAUUGGACAUGUUACGUUCCCGAAGCGGCGAUACGAAAGAAGAACCCCUGGCCCUACAUGGCUGUGAUAAACUCGUACCUGAAGACAAUUGUGAAAAUGAUAUAUGUACGCACGUCUAUACUCGGACGGCGACAGAGCGCAGCGUAUCUCGGUCCCGCGUUUCGAGAAUAUCCACGCGUCGAGACAUGGACAUACCCUCUAUACUUGCGUAUACCGCCUCUUCGUGUGAACCGGUCUGUCUUGGAAUACCGGCCUUUCAAAAGGUAGAAGAAAAGCGGGUAGACGUGCCUCGUUGGUCUAUCCGGCGCUCUGUGUGCCCUGCUUGUUCUCAAAAGUGGCGAGACAAGAGCUCGAUAUCAAAUGUCAGAUAUUCAGGUUUGAAAAAGAAUUCUCCAAUAGAACUGCCAUCUAUAAGAGCACCUGCGCGUUUGAAAACUUCUGUCACAACUGGAUACGUUCCACGUCCAGUGUCGGUAGCUGAAGACAAAGAGGCAAGCGUGACACACGGAGGGUUCCGCAACAGCAGCGCCGCGUGGCAACUGACGCGCGCGCGGCGCUUCCGUACGCCGCGGCCGCAGCCUCCGUCCCCGGCCGCCACAGCACCGCCUGGCUGUAGCGCGCCCACUGCUCGCAAGGACUUGGAUCUACGCGUGUCGCGAUUUCUUUCUGAUGAAUUUAGAUGCUCUUGAAUAUAUUUUGGUUAAAUAAUAAUAAAAUGAAGGUACUUAGAGAAAUUUUUAUUUACAUUAUGUAUAAAAAAGAAUUCAGACACCUGUAGGGUAGGGGUAGGAUAGGGGUAGGAAUAGGGUAGGGUAGGGUAUGGUAUGGAAGGGGUGGGAGUAGCUAAGGGUAGAGAAGAAACGCACAUUGGAAGCGAAGCUACAAAGUCAAAGCGACGCUUGACCGGGUCCGCUAGUUAUAAAUAAUUCCUCCGGGGAUGCGGCCGGACACAUAGAUUAAAUCAUGAUAGAUUUUUAUGAGAAUAAAUCCAUGAUUUAUUCUCUAGAGAUAGAGAUAGAGAUAGAUUAAAUCUUUAUGGCGCUUACUUUACAACAUGAAGACGACAUGUUUUAUCACAGACUCAGACAAAUUAUGAUCAUAGACAAAUACAUACAACCACAGCAUACAACGUUAUCUUUUGUCAAAACCAAAAGUCACAAAAAGUUUUGUCAAAGUCAAAUUGACAUUUAGCUUACGACCUCGAAAAAUAGAAAAAAAAAUUAAAAUUGUGUUGAUGUUUUGCCAUUGAAAAUCAAAUAAAGGACAAACAAAUCAAAUGAAAUAUUUCUAGUAAUAUUACAAUUAUUUUCUUUUACAAAAUAUACACUGUAAAAUGUCGUUUCUACUGCACACAAUGAAGCUAUUUACUGCAGGAAAAACAACACUGACCGGCUUGCAAAAUGCUCGAAAUCUCAUGUCGAAAAGCCUAUAUUAUAGUGAAUUUGGAGAUCCACUUAACGUUGUUAAGUUUAGGGAGAUAGAAGUACCUCCUCUAAAAAGUCAAGAAGUUUUAGUUAGAAUGCUAGCUGCACCAGUCAACCCAGCGGACAUAAACACCAUACAAGG